UGCAAUUUGUUAAUGUCAAUAGAUGGAAGAUCUUAUCAUUAGUCAAAAACAUCAGAGGUACUGUAAAAUCAGAUAUUAUAUGUCGUGUGAGAAUUUCGAAUGAAGUGACAAGACUCUCAAUAUUAUGCUUCUCCAAACAUGUAGGAUCCACCAUCUUAAAGCUAUACAACCCCAUAGGCUCCAAGAAAGAGCCAAGUUAUAUAGGGCUGCUUGUAAAGAAACCAAGUGAAAAACAAAAGCUUCUCUCAAAUCACUGAAUCAGGAUUUUGAUCUAUAGCAUUCACAACCUUUUUCCUUUUGCUAUUUGAUGCAAGUCUAUGAUCUCCUUUCGAUUUUACAUUAGCUUAUGAUCUUUCCAAUCUUUGCUGUCUUUCAUCGUUUGUUUGUCGGUAAGCUACUUUUUUUGUGAGUCAAAUUUGUUGUGUUGCUUCCUGUCUCAAAGCUUGUCAUAAAACUCUUUCCACACUUAUAAGAGCAAUUGUUGCUUCUGGUCUGGCUCUCGAACUCUCUUUAAAAUUUUCAUCAGACAAAAAGAAACCUGAAGCAUUUUGUUUCCAUGGAAACCAAUGAUAAUUCAACCAGCCUUCGUGUAGAAUCAUUUUCUUGUUACCUCAGCAACCCUGAAGAUCAGAGCUUUAUACACAAACUAGGGGGCGCUUAUGAAGAUCCUUAUCCCGAGACCGCCUUUUCUGUGAGUUCAGAAAGAGCUACUAUUAAACCACCCUCAAAUAACAGUACUCGAGAUAACCUUGCCAAUCUUCGCGUUGAUUCUUUUUCUUCUUAUCUCAAAGCUGAAGAAGAUAAUAACUUUGCGUUUAAGACCAUAGGCCCCCCUGUUCAAGAUGCUACUAUUGCAUUUGUUUUUCCUCAACAGGCUUCUGUGACUGUGGGUACUCCAAAAUACCAAGAAAGGACCAAGUCCAAAGAUGGGGAACUUAACAUAUUCGGAGCUGAUAAGUACUUCAACAUGAAACUGGAUUAUGGAGCUGUCCCUACAACUGUGGUGAAGUAUGGGGGGCAGAUGAACAAAGGGAUGGUUGAUCUGCCCUACCUGAAACCCAGUUGCCGGACAGGAACUCAAAGUAUUUGUUCUGAAGCAAGUAGUUUUAAUAGCCAAAGUGCACUGUUACAAAAUCUUCAGACAAGUAAAUCUCAAACAAAGCAGAAAAAGAUGACAGGAAGGAGAUUUUUAUCUAGCUUCGGUUGCCAAGGACCUUGUUUGGACAAAAAAGCAGUCUCUGUGGAUGAAACCAUAGGACAUGGAAAAGUAAGUAAGUUGGCAUUAAGUUCUGGCCCUUCCAUGAGAGACAAGUUGAGCAUAGUCAAAAAUCAAGAUCCAAGCAUCGAAGAGCAAAGAAAAUCACUUGAAGUGUUUGGCUCUGAUAAAAUGCGAAAAGGAGAGAUAGCAGGGAAUUUAGAAAGGAAACUCUCCAUGUUAACUUGGGAUGCCAUUCCUAAAGUUCAAGACAUCCCUAUUACAACCAUUGGAAGCGGCACAGUUGGCGAUGACAUGGCUAGCGAUGCUAGUUCUGAUUUAUUCGAGAUUGAGAAUAUAUCCAGUAGUGGAUAUGGCCACAUGAAUUCACAAACUAGGGGUGAUAAUUAUGUGCCAACUGGCUGCAUCUCACCAAUUACAACUCAGUAUGCACCAAGUGAGGCCAGUAUUGAGUGGAGUGUUAUCACAUCAAGUGCUGCUGAUUACUCAUCAGUUAUCUCUGAUUAUGGUGAAAAGUGGAUUAGCAUUGCUGCUAAUACUACUUCAAGGAUUAAUGCAGCCAAUAAAAACACCAAUACCAAGUAUGCAGUUGGGAAAGAAGGUCAAAAAACCCGUCCAGGUGGGCUUUUAGGUUGCAAGAGCAACAAAGCAGUUAGUGUGGUUGAAACUGUAUACAAAACUGGUGAGAAGGCUAAGCAUCACCAGCGCGGUUAAUGGUUAAUUCCACCCUAAUAAAUGUUAAGGCUAAGCAGUUAGUGGUAAUUCACUUGCCAGUGUAGUACUUUCAUGUUAAAUAAGAGAAUUGAAAUAAAUGGUAAGCUUUAGAAGUUUGUACUAUGUAAUAUCUUAGUAAUGAAUUGCUAUUUUCUUCUUUCUCUA